AUGCUUUUCCAGGCUCCUGUGACGUUACGACACGUCGCGGUUGUAGCCGCUGUCCUUGUUAUCAUCCAUUUGGUCUUCUUCAGCGGAUUGUUCGUGCACUCUAGCACCGAUGCCUUCUACGAGUACUACGAUCGCAUGAAGUGCUUGGUCCCCCCAAACUCGUCCUCUACGAUAUUAUCACCGACAACUGGGAAGACGAAGUCAACAAAGCUUCUUAGCCCACCAGAGACGAACAUGAGCAUCGCGUUCUGUUCAUCUGUCCGAGACCAGCACAGAGAUAUGCCGGAGUGGUUCAUACACCACUACUACAACAUUGGCAUCAAGCACUUUUACAUCAUGGACGACGUCUCGCACCCCCCACUCUCUACCUACGACAUCGAUGGGUAUUACGGUAUCCCUUCCUCAGCGAUUACGUUCACACAUUUCAAUGAGGGGGAGCGACAGGCACACGGUGGAAUGAUGCAAGAAUUUCUAAAUGACGAAUGCAACCGACGAUGGGGUGAACUCCAUGACUGGAUCGCUUACGUUGAUGUGGACGAAUACAUAGGCCUCAUGACAGACGAGACUCUUCAAGAAAUCCUACAGCCGUUCCUUGAUGACCCGACAGUAGGAGCAUUCGGUUUGAUGUGGUGGAUGCACACAUCAAAUGGGCACAUACACCGUCAAACCUCAACACGCCGCGCCUAUACAGAGUGUAUGAGCGACAGAAGUCCAGAAGGCAUCGACGACGAGGAGUACGGGGUCGAUAACGAGCAUAUCAAGAGCAUGGUGAAGCCAGCGCUGUACAACAAGAAUCGAGAUUCGCCACACGACUUCAACACUCUGAAUGGCUCGGUCACCGUGGUAGAGAACGGAGAUGUUCUACCCCAUUGGUGGCACCGACCUCCCGUUAGAGACAGAGUUGUGCUGCACCACUAUAUCGUGAAGAGCGAGGAGGAGUACGCCGAGAAGCAGUAUAGAGGGAACCAGGGCGGCACAUACAGAACCUGGGAGUAUUGGAACCAUAUCAAUGAUGGACCGAAUGAGCCGUGUGAAGACAUGCUGAAAUGGGAGAUAUAA